CACUUUUAAAUUAUACCUAUAAAAUAAUUUGCUGUGUAUUUUUGAGUUUUCAAUUGUGACUUUAAUCUAUAUGUGUGACAUUCUUAGACCUGUUGGAUAUAUAAAUAAAAAAUAAAUCUUCAGAAAAUAAUGUCCUCCUUAACUGCUGCGAAUAUUGUUGAAAUGAAUGGCACCCAAGAAAAUUCCCAAUUCAUAAUUGGAAAAAAUAUUUUCGAUUCAGAAUUGUUACCAUCAAACCCUACUCAACUAGCAACGACUUCAAAGGCAGUAAUAAAAUUAGACAGAGAUCCUAACGAUACCAAUGAGAAAAUAUCAAAAUACUCAGCAUCUUUGAUCAACAUGAAAUUGAGAUCACGAAAUAAAUCUGCAGUACUUAAUCCAAGAGUGCCCUCAAGUAUUCCAUCGUCUAUUACCAAACGAUCCAAACCUUAUAAUAAUACCAUAAAAUCAAACGUUAACAAACUGACUAGAUCAGAUUCAUGUUUGCUGAGAGGUUUUAGACAAAAUAUCAGUAGACACGUCGUAGCACUUCCAUUACUCAACAAAAAAUUUUUCAAAAAACAGAAGCCUGUUUUGGAUGUUCAUAAAAAUUUUGAACAGACAAAGAAAAAACUUGAAGGUAUGGGAAAGAAUGUUUGCUAUAACAAUCAAUUAUUUCCUCUCUCUGGAAUAAUUGCUUCCCAAAAAAAUAUCCCGAAGAUCUCGAUGGAUAUAUGCACGGACCAACAAUCUAAGAAAAACGUCAUUGUAGAACUUUUAGAUAGUAUCAUAAAGGAAGUGAAAAUUUCCUAUCCAUUAGAACAAAUGAAUAUCCUUAAAGGUGAAAAGACCGAACUAUAUGUCAUCAUCAAUAAGCAGCACAUCAAAGUUAAGGAGAUCGUAAGAAAUCGGCAAAUAUUGGUCGAUGAUAAAAAAGAUUCAUGUUUGAAACUUGAGGCACUCGAAGAGAAGCUCAAAGCACAAAAAAAGCUCAAUACAGAAGCUUGCCAGAUCAUUAGAAGUUUACAGAGAGACAUUGAAGAACAACGUUCCAACCACAAAAAAUAUAGUAACAUGCUUCAUGGUAUUAUCAACGCAUUACUUAAAAGAAUGGAGGAGUUGGAAUUGAAUAUCGAAGUAGACAAAAAGAAUAUCGCUGAUCAUCAAACUCGAAUAAGCAUGAAUAGUAAAGUUAUAAAAAAGAUGAAAAUAAAAAUUAGAGACUUAGAAAAUGACAAGAAAAACGCUAAAAGCCUCAAUACUCAUCUUAACAAAAAAUUGGAACAAUCAAAAUACCAGCUGAAAGUUCAAGAAAACAUGCUUCAAAAAUUGUCUGAUAAAUCGAUGUCCAAAUGUUUGAUCCAAAUAGCGCUUAGAGCUUUCUCUGAAAUUUUAAUGUAUAUCUAAAUCUCACCGUCAUAAUAAAUCUUAUUAUUUUUCA